GUACAGAGCUGUACCAGGAGGAAUAUGGCCGGCUCUCCUCCUGCUUUACCGGGUUUCGGGAACUCUGGAAAAUGCUUUCUUAUUGACAAUCUGCUGCAGUCACAGACACCCUCAGCCCGACCAGAAGGGACGGUGGGCGGCCACCUGAGACUGGCAGCGUGCGAACGUCCGAGGAGAACCUGGAGCUGUGAACACGGAGCCUACCAAAGCCAGGCCCGCAGUCCCCAACAGGUGAAGGAUUUAGGAGGACAACUUCUGCCACACUCAGGUGUACUGAGCAGUGUUUUCCUGCGGAGCCCGCAGUAUCUGCUGGCAUGCUGUGGUGGGUCCAGCCCCCCUCCUGUCUUCUCCAAGGGAGCAAAUAUUCGAAUGUGGUCAGCUGAUAUAAGCCCUAAAUCACGCAGAGGGAUCCUAAGGAGGGCCGUGUUCUCUGAAGAACAACGAAAAGAGCUGGAAAGAACUUUUCGGAGACAAAAAUACAUCAGCAAGACAGACCGGAACAAACUGGCAGCUGAUCUUAGCCUCAAGGAGUCACAGGUGAAGAUCUGGUUUCAGAACCGCCGAAUGAAGUGGAGGAACUGUAAGGAGAAGGAGGUUCAUAACACUCGCUCCCCAAUGGACGAGCUCAUGGCCCAAGGUCUCGCUCAGGAAGAGGAGGAACCGUCCAAGAAUCACACUGACGCAAAAACAGAGAGGUCACCACCACAGAAGAGCGUCAGGGACACAUGAGAGGAAGAUAAACUGUAGAGUACAGCACUGGGAGGGUGUUAAAAUAUGUGUAUGGUUUACACUGUGAGGACUAACAAUGAUAGUAUUGACAUUUCAAUGCUGUUCUGU